AUGGUCGGCUCAGCAAUCUACACCGACCUGGAGAUUCUCUGGAUCCUCGACCAGGUCCUUGCUAAAGCCAAACCUGCCGACAUCCAGUCCGGCUUCCUCAACCGCUUCGGCAGAGAAAUCGGCCCCAGCCAGAUUCGCUAUGUCAAGAACAAAUAUGGAAAAGAUCCUCGUUUCAAUAGCCCCCUGAUUAACAGAAGGACGGCGACGGCUUCUUCUCCUUGUUUGGCGACGGAAUCCAGAGCCGGGGCGGCUCGCCUGUCCUACCAGCAAGCGCCUUCUCGGACUCAAGGACUCGCCCAUCCUCUUCCGGGACCGUUCCCCAACUUGGCACCGCCCCAAACCCAGGGAGGGCUCUUCCUGCCUCACGCGGGCGUCAGACGGCCACGAGAGGAAGACGACGAUCAGCCCGGAGGCAGGCCUCAGGAAGCUGAACGAGCCCCCAAGCGCAGACGGGAGCUUCCGCCGCCGCCGAGACUGAUUCUUCCCGCCGCCCAACCGCCGCAAGAGGAAGAAGAGUACGACGAGGAGGAAGAAGAAGAGGAAGAAGAAGAAGAAGAGGAGGAGGACCAAGAGGAGUCCCAUGGCAUUAGCCAAGAUCCUGCCCCGGCCGCGCAAAAACAUCCGUCCCGGCGUGCGAGACGGGCUCACCGCGUAGCCAACGCCGCGCCUUCUCCUUUCUAUGUUGCCACCGCUGCUGCUGCUGCUGCUGCCGCUGCCGCAGUCCCCCCGCCUCGGCCCGUCAGCUGGGCGCGCCUGAGCAGCCUCUCUCGCGGCAACUCGACGCCUCAGUACUGGGUCUCGCGAGCCCAGAGAGCCGCGUCUGGCAAUAAUGUGCCGCCGAGUGCCUUCGAGGACCAGGCCAGUACGCCUUCCUCUCGAGGUCAACCAGGGGCAACGCAUUUUGAAGCCUCAAGGAAUAGGCAUGAUGCAACCCCCAGCCACGGCCGCGCCCGCGUUGCUGGCGAAACAACCAAGCCCGCAACUGAAGGAUGCCACGGUCCCGAUCCCGAUACCUCUCCAACAUCCGCUCGUGACGGUAGCGAGAUGGCCGGUGACGAGCACGCCGCUGCCGACAAGCCUCCAAUCGUUGACUUGACGGGUGAGGACGUCGACUCCGCGCCUCAAUACAUGCCAUUUCUCUACCAGGGCGGCCAUACCGUCCCGGCCGCGGCGAAUCUGAGCAACCUAGGCUAUGAAUAUCAGCAGCUGGGGAACACAAGCAGCAACGCCGGAUACACCACACACAGCACGCUGUACUCCCACCACGGAACGCUCCCUGCCAACACGGCAAAUGUGAACAACCUCUACGACUUCGCAAAUGUGCAGCCAGCCCGCCGCGUGCCGAACCAGAAUCUCCAGGCCAGCAGCCUCGGCGAGGGCGCGGCCGCCUUCGGUGACGCAGCUUUUGUCGGCAACUCGGGGCCACACUUCCGCAGCGGCGUAAACACCGGCGCGAGAGGUUACGGCUACGUUAAUGCCGGUGCAAACACCCAACACCUCCAGAGCUCGACCAGUUUCAGAGAUGAGCCGGCGUCGCCGGGGCUCGGGGGCAGUCAAGUCGUGACUAACAUGCCCAACUUGAAUCGGCCCCCUGGCCCCAGCUUCGCGGGGGAAUACUAUAGCCAGGCCGUCCCCCAACAAGAGGACCGUGAGCCCGGAGCGAGCCGCCGUCAGGGCCAUAGGGCUGGCCUGAGUCGGAGGAGUAGAGCGAUGCCUCCGCCUCCGGUGCCGCAGCGCGUUGGGCGGUCCUCGCCGCAAGUAGCGGCCCCGAGCAGUGUCGGCUCGCAAGCUCGGCCCAACGAAUUGUUGCCCGAGAUCUUGUCCCGGGAGUGGCUCCAGCAGCGGUACUCGGAAGAGGAGAGUGGGAGGAUACUCGACCAGUUCCACAAUGACCCUGAUUACGAGCCGUUCCCGUUCGACGAUCUGCUGCCGACGCCGCGCGUACAUCUCCCACAGCCGCUCUCCGAGAGGCAGAGCAGCCAGGGUGCUGCGUCCGUGCAGCAGCGGCAAGAGGCAGCCCCGCCGCGCCCUGUCGUCAGUACUGCUCCGACACCGGUGAGCGAUGGCCCGGCGUGGGAUCUCAGUGACGGGCAGCCGCCGAGCUCGGUGGAAGACGACAGCCCCAUGGCGCAAGCCCUCGGGUUCGGCCGGGGUACUAUUGCCCCCAACGACUCGCUCUUGCAGCCCCCAAAGCAGGGCGGGCUUCAGUUGGAGCAAAUACUCCAGGAAGCCGAGGGCGGAGGGGCCAGGCUCGCCCAAGACGCGUUCUACAAUGCCAACGUGCCCCAGGCCAACGCGCCAUUUCAACGAGGCGCGCAUGUGAAGGAUGAAAUGCCCGAUCCCUUCCUCAUCUCCUCGCCCAUGGCCAGCGGCUACCCCUCCCUCCGGGCCGAGGGAGAUAACGGCACCGCGCCCAAGGAGCCCUCGGUUGCCCUCCCCUUCGACGACCCUCUCUUCUUCGACCCCGAGGAUUUAUAUGGGGUCGAGGACCCCUUCGAAGCCUUUGCAUCGCCACCGCAUCCCGAGGCGAGCGGCGAGCAGUCUCCCAAGGACCCCUCGCCCGCCCAGCAGCCCGCGACGAAGCCCGACGACCCGGCGGCGGGCUAG